AUGUCCAGCUUCAAGAAGUUCUCCCUGUGCCUAGUGCUUUCCAUUAUGUGGACUUUGUUGGCAGCCAGCACGCCCAUUAGGCAAUGCGCCGACAGCAGCUAUCCCCAGCCUCUGAUGGUGCAAAUCGACGAUUGCGACGCCCUGCCCUGCGAGUUGUGGAAGGGAAGCGAGGCCAAGAUCGACAUCCAGUUUGUUGCCACUCGCAAUACCAUGAAGAAGCUAUCGGCCGAGGUGCAUCUGACCUCGCUGGGAGUGACCAUACCCUAUGACCUGGAAGCCUCCCGUGGCAAUGUGUGCAGCAAUCUGCUCCACGGCGCCUACUGUCCCCUGGACGCUGGCGAGGAUGUGACCUACCAGCUGCUCCUGCCGGUGACCACCAACCAGCCGGAGGUGCCCACUCGCCUGGAGGUGCGCCUGCUGGACUCCGAUGAUGAGAAUCGCGUGGUCUCCUGCUUCCUGGCCGACACUCGGGUGAAGAAGCCCAGCUCGGCAGCCUAG